AUUACUUAUAAAAUAUGUUCAAUCCUAACUCUAUUAAGACAUUGAGGACUAUGAGUGCAUCAUCUUAACGUUCGACUUAAAAUAGACUUUUGAUGGAAGAAAUUGAUUCUGCUAUUCAAGAUUUGAGAGAAUGGAAAAAAAAUGAAAAUCUUGAAUUGAAAAAACAACUUAUGGAAAAUCAACAAACUAAAAAAAUAAUUUAUAAAAGUGGCUACGAAAUUGAUGAAGAAGAAGAAGAUACUCGUUAAGAAGAAUUAUUAUAAUAAUAAGCUGAUCUAAAUUAGAAAUUAUAAAAAAUUAGACAAGAAUAUAUGAAAGAAUAUCUUAAAAUUCCAAAAUACAUGGCUAGUGAAUAAAAAACUUUAGAAGUUACUUAAAAAUUAUAAGAAAGUGCUUAAAGAUUAGAAAAUUUAGAAAACUAUCCAACAAAUUAACUCAAUCUCAAUCAACUUGAUGAUGAUAUCUUGCUAAAACUUACUUAAUGGAAAGCUUAACUUGCAGAAUUAGAUUAAAUUUCUCAAGAACAAGAAAUUACUUAAUAAGACUCAUAGAAUGAUUAAAAUGAACAAGUUUCAGCAAAUAUGAAAUAAAAAAUACAAUAAGAAUUAGAUUAAUUUCAAAAAGAUGAAUAAAAAAUUUCAAAAGAACAAUUAAAAUAAUAAGAGUUUAAUUAGCAUAUUAAAUAAGAAUUAAAUGA